CUCCUCAGUGUCGGUUCGACACGAUUCGAUAGAAGUAGGAAAAGGAGAGCCAGUCGCGCGCUAUCUCCGCGAAUAAACGAGCCGAAGGUAGUUCACACGCAACGAUCUUGUCCUUGGUUCGCGGGCAUUAAUAAGUAUAAAGGAAACUAGACGAGCACCACGGCACCCAGACCGAGGAAAGCCUCGGUGCGUCAGUCAUGCCCACGAACGAGGAAAUUUCGAUUGUAUCUCCGGAUCAGUCUCGAACGCUGGACAACGCUCCGAGCAAACUGGCUUCAAAUAUGUCUUCGAUCACCACGAAUGGGCUGAAGAACGAUUCCGUUCGUUCAUCCUUUGACAACCAGGACAACGCCGAGGAUAGUUAUCUGGACUCCAACGAAGAGGAGGACCUGGAGGAUCAUUGCUACAAGAGUCUACCUGUCCGACAGCUUCACGAGAAGUUCAUGAGGAGCUUCGUCGACCUGCUCCUGGAGGAAGCGGUGUUUGAGGGAACCUCGAGGAAGAGCCGUGUGGUGGAGUGGAUGGAGCCGGCCGCUCUCCAUUCAGCCGUUGAUCUGACGCUCUCCGAUCAAGGAUGCUCCCACGAGAGACUCGCCUCGCUGGCUCGCAACGUGAUCAAGUACAGCGUUAAAACGGGUCACCCGCGGUUCGUGAACCAACUCUACUCGAGCGUGGAUCCGUACGGUCUCCUGGGACAAUGGCUGACAGACGCUUUGAAUCCUUCGGUGUACACUUACGAGGUCUCGCCGGUGUUCUCGUUGAUGGAGGAGGAAUUGUUGAGAGAGAUGAGGAAGAUAGUCGGUUGGACGGAUGGCAGAGGCGACGGGAUAUUCUGUCCAGGUGGAUCCAUUGCCAACGGCUAUGCCAUCAAUCUUGCUCGCCACUACAGGUUUCCUCAGUUGAAGGAUUUGGGACUGUCCAGUGCUGGCAGGCUGAUAGUCUUUACGUCACAGGAUGCUCAUUAUUCAGUUAAGAAACUCAGCGCAUUCCUAGGAAUAGGAAACAACAAUGUAUAUGAGGUGCAAACCGAUGCUAGGGGCAAGAUGUGUGUCACAGAUUUAGAGGCAAGGAUCAAACAAGCUAUUAGUGAAGGUGCCACUCCAUUGAUGGUAUCUGCAACAGCAGGGACAACUGUACUGGGUGCUUACGAUCCUUUGAAGGACAUAGCAGCCAUCUGCAAGAAGUAUAGCCUGUGGUUUCAUGUUGACGCAGCCUGGGGAGGUGGAGCACUGAUGUCUAGAAGCCACAGACACCUUCUGGAUGGCAUCAAGCUGGCUGAUUCUGUUACCUGGAAUCCCCACAAACUGCUAGCUGCACCCCAACAGUGUUCAACCUUGCUACUGCGUCAUGAAGGUCUUCUGCAGGCUGCACACGGUUCCAAAGCUAGUUACCUUUUUCAGCCAGACAAGUUUUAUGACACCUCCUACGAUAGUGGAGACAAACAUGUGCAGUGCGGUCGACGGGCGGAUGUACUGAAAUUUUGGUUCAUGUGGAAGGCGAAGGGUACAAGGGGUCUUGAAAAGCACGUGAACCGUGUCUUCGAGUUGGCGCACUAUUUCAAGGAUUAUAUAAAGCAGAAGCAGGGCUUCAAGCUACUGCUCGAACCGGAGUGCACUAACGUGUGCUUCUGGUACGUUCCGCCUUCAAAACGCCACUUGAAGGGUGAAGAGCUGUCGACAGCGCUUAAAACAAUUGGGCCAGUGGUGAAGGAACGCAUGGUUAAAAAGGGAUCAAUGCUGAUCACUUAUCAACCGCUGAGGGAGCUGCCGAACUUCUUCAGGCUUGUCCUGCAAAAUUCUGGGCUGACGAAAGCUGACAUGAGGUUCUUUGCGGAGGAGAUCGAGAGACUCGCCAGUGAUUUAUAGAAAUGUGCAUAGUUAGCUGUUCAAAAACAUUUGAAGAUAAUUCGAAAUGCGGGGUUUGUUGUAAAAAAAUUAUGUAUCGUGCAACGAAACCUGAGAAUAAAAUAUU